AUGUCUCGAUUCUUCCGUGGCGGCGACGACAGCUCGACCGAGAGCAGCUCCGACGAGGAGGAACUGUACUCGACCUCCGAGGAGGAGGAGGAGGAGCAGGAGGAGCAGGAGUCUUCUGAGGAGGAGGAGGAGGAGGAGGAAGAAGAGUCCAGCGAUGAUGAACCCGGUCAGAAGAAAGGCUUGUCGCGUUUCUUGGUCGACCAGGCGGAAUCUGAGAGCGAGGGGAGCGAAGAGGAGGGCGCGGCCAAGGUCAAAAGUGCCAAGGACAAGCGGUUCGACGAGCUCGAGGCUACCAUCACCACCAUCCAGAACAGCCAGAAAAUCAACGACUGGGGCUCUAUUGCGAAUGAAUUUGACAAGCUCAACCGGCAGGUCGUCAAGCUUCAAGAUGGCGGCAAGGCUCCCAAGUCGUAUAUCAAGUGCAUCGCAGAGUUGGAGGAUUUCAUGAACGAGACUCUGGCCAAGCAGAAGGUCACGCCAAAGAAGAUGAACGCUACGAACGCUCGUGGUCUCAAUGCCGUCAAACAACGUAUCAAGAAGAACAACAAGGAUUACCAGGCCCAGAUCGAUGCCUUCAGGAAAGACAGCGAGGCUUUCAUGGAGUCAGACGAGGAGGAAGCUCCCCUGCCGAAGCCCACAAAGGUCAAGUUCCAAGAGCCAAUUGCCCCCGAAGAAGAGGACGAGGACAAGGAGAAGGGAUUCGCAAAAGUCGUGCGUGGCAAGGCCAUCCCUUUCUCACCUGAGAGCAUUCAGAAGCACCUUCGUGCCAUCAUCGAAUCGAGAGGCCGGAAAAACACCGACCGCUUGGAGCAGAUCCGGACCAUGGAGGAGCUCAACAAGGUUGCCGAGACACCCUAUCUCAAGAUUCGCGUGCUUCAAACCCUGAUCUCGGCUCGUUUUGAUCUUGGCUCUGGCACGACAAACUCGAUGCCUCUGGAGCAUUGGAAGGCUGCUGAGAAGGAGCUCGGGGCUCUGCUCUCGCUUCUCGAGACGCACAAGGACCAUGUCGUCAUUGAAGGUGCUGAGGAGUGGGAUGACGACGAAAAGACCCCUGUCCUGGGGCCUGAUGACAAGUACAUCAAGGUUCCCGGCAGUGUGGUAUCCUACAUCGAGCGUCUGGAUGACGAGCUCACCCGCUCAUUGCAGAACAUCGACCCCCAUACCUCGGAAUACAUUGACAGGCUGACGGACGAGGGAUCCGUGUACAAUAUCAUUCUGCAGGGGCUUCUGUACUACGAGACCAUCCGGAAGGAUGCUUCACUCGAAGUUCCGCAAGAGAGCGUGAACCGCAUCAUCCAACGACGCCUGGAUCACGUCUAUUUCAAGCCGGCCCAAGUCGUGAAGAUCUUGGAGGAAAACUCCUGGAAGCAAGUCUCGAGUGGCGUCGAUUCCGCGAUCACACCUCGCAACAUGUCGACUGAAGCGGGAACGCUUGUUCACACCCUCUGCAACUACCUCUUCGAGAACAGCGAGGGCAUCAUCCGUGCUCGUGCCAUGCUCUGCCAGAUCUACUUCCUGGCGUUACAUGACGAGUACUACAGGGCCCGCGAUAUGAUGCUCACUUCCCACUUGCAAGAGAACAUCGUCAACUUCGACGUCGCCACUCAGAUUCUUUACAAUCGUACCCUAGUCCAGGUUGGCCUUUGCGCCUUCCGGAAAGGUCUGGUCUACGACGCUCAACACACGCUGCAGGAUAUCUGCGGCAGUGGGCGGCAAAAGGAGCUUCUCGCUCAGGGUGUAAUGAUGCAACGGUUCAGCCAAGUUACGCCGGAGCAAGAGCGGCUUGAGAAACAACGACAGCUCCCCUUUCACAUGCACAUCAACCUGGAGCUUCUUGAAUGCGUCUACUUGACAUGCAGCAUGCUCCUCGAGAUCCCGCUCCUGGCACAGACCGGAUCCUCGCCAGAUAUCAAGAAGCGCGUCAUCAGCAAGACGUAUCGUCGGAUGCUUGAGUACCACGAGCGGCAGAUCUUCACCGGCCCGCCCGAGAACACCAGGGAUCAUGUUAUGCAGGCAUCCAAGGCUCUCGCGGCUGGCGAAUGGAAGAAGGCUAUCCACUUCAUCCACAGUAUCAAGAUCUGGGAACUCAUGCCUAGCGCAGACGGCAUCAAGGCGAUGCUUGCGAAGCAGAUUCAGGAGGAAGGUCUUCGCACAUACCUCUUUACGUAUGCUCCCUUUUACGACACCUUGGCCAUCGAGACUUUGAGCGCGAUGUUCGAGCUCGACGCGACCAAGGUGUCUGCCGUGGUCAGCAAGAUGAUCAGCCACGAGGAGCUUGCCGCGGCCCUUGACCAGGUCACCAAAACGGUGAUCUUCCGCAAGGGCGUGGAGCUCAGCCGCCUCCAAAGCUUGGCUCUUGCGCUCUCGGACAAGGCAAGCUCUCUCAUCGAGACCAACGAGCGCACGCUCGAGGUAAGGACGCAAGGAUCCGCAAAUGCUUUCAGCCGGAAGGACGGCAGGCAGGGCGGGCAGAGGGGCGGCGGCCAACGGACUGGCAGAGGCGGUGCGAGGACCGGCGGCAACGCCCAGCGGCAGGCCGGCGGUACACAGUUCACAGGUGGUGCUCUGGGCGCUGCGGUUCGUGGUUAGUAUGGGGGGAUGGGGUUACAUGACUUUCGUUUGCUAUUACAUUUGGGGGCAGGGAAUGUUAUGUAUCAGAUUGGUCCUCGGUGUGUUAAUGCUUCGCGCCAGACUAGACCAGGGAAAUGCAAACACGAAUCACAUACCUACAAACUCUUUCUCAGCAACGUUGCCCAAGGCAUCGUAUUCGCGCGGUAGUACCAGCCCCUAUAGUUGUCUGACCUCCAUUGUCGUCAAGCCGAAGAAGCCUCGGAACAACUGCUGCUAUAUCCGAUCACCGGUCAGCGUGAUUUAGUAUGCCAUCAGUAUCACACAUCUGAUCCAUGCG